AAAAAUAACUCAGACCUUUCUUAAUGAAACAUGAUUGUAGCCCGCAAAUUUCUGAUUAAAAUGAGACAUCUCCGAGCUCUACACGAUCUUUCUUUGCAAAGUUAUAGAAUUUACAAGGAAAAGCUUAAAUUAAUUUCUUCUUAUUUCUGUAGCUUUGAGCUGACAUUGGACAUUUCGGGCUUUCUUGGUAAAUUCUGUAACUUUGCAAAGAAAGGUCGUGUGGAGCUCAGAGAUGUCUCAUUUUAAUCAGAAAUUUGCGGGCUACAAUCAUGUUUCAUUAAGAAAGGUCUGAGUUAUUUUUUAGAGUUUCUGAAAAACUGUUUUUUCAGAAAACCAGACUCUUGAGGCCUAGCGACCCGUCUCAUGUUGAUAUUCGUAGUCAACAUAGUCGAUAACCUAUAACCCACUAGAUUUCAAUAAAAAAGCAUGGUAUCACCUUGAGAGGUUCCCACGUAAGAAGCAAUUAAAAGAUUACUGUAACAGAUGUUAAUUUAUGUGUAUUGGUAUUACUUAUUCUGUGUCUAUGACUUAAAUUUCGACAAUUUACUCGUUUUAUUUUAGUACUAUCUAUGACAUCUGAUGUUUUAUCAGCAUCUAUGCAAUACAAUGUACCAUAUUCAAUUACACCCGGUAAACCUCAUAAUUUUGAUUUAUUGACUGAGAAUGAUUCAAAAGAGAGUUCAGCUGAUCCACCGUUUAUCUCCAGUCAGUUAAGAACAGAAGAAUGGCUCCAACGUUACGGUCUCAAACCGCAAAAACUGUCAUUCGAUCAAAUAUUACAAUUAAUUGGUUUCCAAAGAUUAGACAAUUACAAUUCAUUACUUGGCAAAAAUAUCACGGCGCAGUAUUCUGGUAAUUUAUAUUAUGAAGUUCAACGAGAUAAUGGCGAUCGUUAUAGUUUGACAUGUAGGCCAGAGAAAUUACGAGAGUAUAGACAUCGUCUAUUGAAAGCAUUAAAUCUAUUACGAAAACGUUUAACAUUUAUCACAUCAGGUUCAAGACGAUUAUUUGGAAUUAUUGGUGAACCGUCUGUGUGUUUAAUAUGUGAUUGUAAAACGAGUGAUCAAAAAACAUUUAAUCAAUAUCAAAAAGCUGUUAUAACUUUACUUAAAGAACAAAUAAUAAAAAUCAAACGAUUUAACAUCAUGUGGAUUACAAAUGAUGUUGAACAAUUUCAAUCACAAGGACCAGUCGAUAUUACGCCAACAAUAAUUGAUCGUGCUAUUGAUUGGGUUAGUCAAAGAAUAUGUUCAAAAAAUAAAAUAUCUCUCAGUUCAACAAGUGAAGCUAUCAUCUUAGCAAUGAAAAAUAAUGUUCAUAGUGUUUAUUUGAUAACUGAAGGCGAGUCAUCAAAUACAAAUCGAGAAUUAUUACGCGAUCAAUUGAUAAAAUUACGUUCAAUAAAUAAUAUUUCAUUACACGUUAUUAGUUUGUUUUGUAAUAAUUCUGAUACAGAAACGUAUUUAAAAUCAUUGGCACAAUGUGGUGGUGGAACAUUUUUUACGUAUAAAAUCAAAUCAGAAUUACCAGAUUUGACAUCAUCAACGAAUUCAUCCGAUCCAACUCGAAUCAAAGUUCAAAGUGAUAAAUUAUUGUUUGGUAGUGUAACUGCUUUUCCCACAGAUAUCUCAUUAUUAUAUAAAGAAAUAAAUGAAUGUCAAAAUACAAUCGAUAAAAUAGAAAAAAUUCUUGGAUUUAUGCAAAAUGAUAGUACUGGUAGAAGUAUAAGCAAUCCUGAGAGUUCAAAAGCAUCAGAUGUGUCCUCAAGCACUAUCAGUGAUAAUUUUCAACGUAGUCUAGUAUCGCAAUCGUCAGCGAAUGAUCUAGACGGUGAUAUGGCAUCAUUAGAUUGGUUAAAACUCUAUGGAUUAGAAGCCCAAAAAUUAGAUUUUUUUUCCGUUUUACAUUCAGCAGCAUUUCGUCAUUGUGAUGGUGUUGUUACCGUUUUGAAACCCCCAAAUGAUAAAGAAAACUCCCAUAUGCCAACUGAUCCUAGAGAUAAAUUAAUUAAUGCAAAAUACUGUGAUCAAUUUGCACAUGUCGCAUGGCCGGAUGGUACAAUCCGACAUGUACAUGUCACACCCGAGCUUCACCGUGAUUAUGAGCGUCGAGUUCGUGCUCUUCUUGGAAAAAUUAAAGCUAGACUUCUAUGGUUGAAAAAAGGCAGUCGUGAUGUGUUUGGUAGUAUAUUGGAAAAAAAUAUUUAUAUUCUAAUCGAUACAUCAAAAUCUAUGCAAAAUCAUCUGGGCUUUGUUAAAGAUAAAAUGUUGUUAUUAUUGCAGGAUCAAUUAUUUUCGAAAGAACGUGUAAACAUGAUAGCAUUCAACACUGUUAUUAAUCCUUGGAGAGAUCGUUUAACAAAAAUAAGUGAUGCAACUACACAUAGUCAAAUAUUACCAUGGAUUCAAAGUUUAAAUGCGGAAGGUUCAACGAAUACACUAGCUGCAUUACGUUUUGCUUUGGCAGAUACACAAACCGAAGCUAUUUAUCUUUUGACUGAUGGUCGACCUGAUCAGAACGAACGACAUAUUUUAUCUCAAGUGCAAUAUCGUCACGCUGUACCUAUUCAUACAAUUGCAUUUAAUUGUCAAGAUGUUGCGGCUAAUCAAUUUUUGUACGAUUUGGCUAAACAAACCGGUGGACGAUUUCAUGCAUUUAAUUACGGUUUAGUAAAUGAUUCAAUUGAACUUCCAGAGAGUGAAGAUGUUGGCUUAUUAAAGCAAGAAUUAACAAGAGGAGAAAAUGAAUUAAAACGUGUAGCUGAACUUCGUGAUGAAUGCAUUGGACGAGCGUGGUCAAAAGAAAAUGGAGACAAAUUACUAAAAAGCCGUGAAUUGAAUAGCAGCAUAACAACGCCGUUAUUAAAAUUAAAAAAUCAAAACACCUUUACAUCAACUUAUCGAUCGAAUGUCUCAAUGCAUGUCAAACAAUCAAAACAACAUUUAGUGAAUAAUCGUAAACGUCGUGCAAAAUCAAGUAGUUUAUUAAAUGAAGCUAGUGCAAUUAAUCUUAGGCCGGAUCAGUGGCUACUGCCAGAAACGUGUAAAUUUUUGUUAGGAAACAAUAGCAAGAAUGAAAAUGCUAGAACGGAAGUUAGUGAGCAUGAAGUAUUACCAACGAAGAAUGAUGGAAACUCUAAAGCCCAGCAAAUUAAUGAUAAACCGUCAACGCCUGAUGAUGAAGUAACAUUAUUUUUAAAAAAAAAUAGUCUGAUUGCUAAACAUUUAACAAUUUUUGACAUUUUACAACCAUCAGUUUUCACUGUCAAACCCGGAUUUGUGCAGUUGAUUGACCGUUAUGUCAUAUCAAAAGUAUGGGAUGAUAUUCUUCCUUUGGCACAUGGACCCUAUGUUGGAAAAUUACGUUUAAUCAAUCAUUUAGCAGUGGAUCUAGUAACAUAUGAGCAAGACUUGAAUGCUCUAUUAAAAACUUAUUAUGAUUUUGCAUCUGAAAUUAUAUGGAAAUAUUUGUCUGAAGAUCAAAAGAGAAAAUUAGCUCCUUCCAUAUAUUGGACUAGUCUUAAAGAAAAUGAACAAAAAGAACUUACAAAAGAUAUAACACAAGAAGAAUAUACCAGUCAAAGUGCUCUUGAGUAUUAUGCCUGGAAAAAAUUAUCUGAUGAUGAACAAAAAACUUUUAUGCAAAAAUCUGCACCCUAUUAUGUAAAGAAUAAAGUUCUGUUGCAAAAUGCAUUGGUAGAAAGUGAAUCACCAUUAAAAUUAAAAUCUAUAUUAAAAUUAGAUAAUGAAAUUGAGAAAGCAAUUAAAUUUUAUCAAAUAUCGAUAGAUUUACGGCAACAUCAAAAACAUGCUGAAAUAUUAUCUAAGAAGGUGGAAGAUGUUAAACCAAAACGUGUAAUUGAACGUCCAUUCAUCUAUGAUUUAUUCAAGUCUGUAGGACAACGUGUUAUUGCUCGGUAUGAUGUCGAUGGUUUAUUUUAUCCUGGUAUGUCUGCAUUUCUAGUAAGGUUCAGCUAGAUCAAAAUUCAAGUGAAUUUUAUUUUUUCGAUUUUAAUACAUAUUCUGGUUCGUCUUUGGACGCUGAUUCCGAAUAACACAUUCCGAACUUCAAAAAUCCUUUUCUUCGUGGA